AUGUGCUCAAAGCCACACAGCCGUGGGGGCGGUCUGUGGGUCUGCCACGUGACACUCAGCACCCUGGCUCCUUCCGGAAGGGCUCUCGGAGUCUACGAGGGGCAGGCCCAGCCCGGCAGGGCGAGCGGCGGCCCCUCACGGUCCUCUUUCCCUCCCUCGGUCUGGCCUUCCGCGGCGUUCAGGGCGCUGGCCAAGACACCGGCGGCACUGGCGCUGAACAAGACGCAGCACUGCAAGCAGCUGGAGGGCCUGGUGUCGGCCCAGGUGCAGCUGUGCCGCAGCAACCUGGAGCUCAUGCACACGGUGGUGCACGCGGCACGCCAGGCCAUGAAAACCUGCCGCAGGGCCUUUGCUGACAUGCGCUGGAACUGCUCAUCCAUCGAGCUCGCCCCCAACUACCUGAUGGACCUGGAGAGAGGGACCCGGGAGUCGGCCUUCGUGUAUGCGCUGUCGGCCGCCGCCAUCAGCCACGCCAUCGCCCGGGCCUGCACCUCCGGCGACCUGCCCGGCUGCUCCUGCGGCCCCGUCCCAGGUGAGCCACCCGGGCCCGGGGACCGCUGGGGAGGAUGUGCGGACAACCUCAGCUACGGGCUCCUCAUGGGGGCCAAGUUUUCCGAUGCUCCUAUGAAGGUGAAAAAAACAGGAUCCCAAGCCAAUAAACUGAUGCGUCUACACAACAGUGAAGUGGGGAGACAGGCUCUGCGCGCUUCUCUGGAAAUGAAGUGUAAAUGCCAUGGGGUGUCUGGCUCCUGCUCCAUCCGCACCUGCUGGAAGGGGCUGCAGGAGCUCCAAGACGUGGCCGCUGACCUGAAGACCCGCUACCUGUCGGCCACCAAGGUCGUGCACCGCCCCAUGGGCACCCGCAAGCACCUGGUGCCCAAGGACCUGGACAUCCGGCCCGUGAAGGACUCGGAACUCGUCUAUCUGCAGAGCUCACCCGACUUCUGCAUGAAGAACGAGAAGGUGGGCUCCCACGGGACGCAAGACAGACAGUGCAACAAGACAUCCAAUGGCAGUGACAGCUGCGACCUCAUGUGCUGUGGGCGUGGCUACAACCCCUACACAGACCGCGUGGUCGAGCGGUGCCACUGCAAGUAUCACUGGUGCUGCUACGUCACCUGCCGCAGGUGUGAGCGCACCGUGGAGCGCUACGUGUGCAAGUGAGGCUGGCCUCCGCCCCAUGCAGGAGCGCGGGCUCUGCGGACCCUGCUGGAGGACCCCCGCGCCAGGCAGGGCCAGGCCUGAGACACCCGUGGAUUUCUGCCUGUGAAUUCCAGACGCCAGGCGUGGGAGGCGGCUUGGGCUUGCCUCCUUAGAAGCCACCAGGAACAGAAGGUCUGGCCACCCUGGAAGGAGGGCCCGGACAUCAAAGGAAACCGACGAGAUUAAAAAUAACCCCAGCGGCAGCCAGGGCCCUGGAGUGCCCACAGUCUGGUCUAAAAAGCCAGGGGCAUGGGGGUGGUGAGACUGGUGUGGACUUGACCUUUCUGGGCCCAGAGAGACCAGGCUCCGGGAAAGGGUCUGCCUCCCCUCACCAGAAUGUUCUGCGGACCCUCCCCGACACCGCCCCACCCCAGGGUCUGAGCCUACUGGGCCAACCAUAUGGAACCACUAGUUUGGGUUGUAAAUGAUUUGUUUUUUGUUUGUUCUUCCUUUGGGAUGUGGGAGCUACAGAAAUAUUUAUAAAACAUAGCUUUUUCUUUGGGGUGGCUCUCCUCAAUUCCUUUUUAUAUAUUUUAUAUAUAUAAAUAUAUAUAUAUAUAUAAUGAUCUAUAUUUUAAAAACAAGCUUUUUAAAUAGCUGUAUGAAAUAAAUGUGGAGCAAACCCCAGCCCGCCCCUGCA